AUGGAUAUUGUAGAUCAGCAUGUUGAAAAUGAUAUUAUGUUAAAUAAUGAAGAAAUUGAAACCAUAAUUUUUAAUUUAUCAGAUGAGAGUUCAUAUAUAGCUGAGACUAUCUGGGCUAUAUCAAGGUAUAUACAAGCCAUUGAUGAACCUAUUGUCACAGAAAAAAUACUUAAUGAUGAAGGAAUAAUUUCUAUGAUUCAAGCUAAGGAAAAUAAUAUAUCAACUAGACAAACAAUUAAGGAAGAUGACAAAGACAAGGCAUCUGAACUACUAGUAAUAGUUGCUAAAGUAUAUAGUGCACUGCAAACUAUUGUUUGCUAUGAAGAGCAAAAAA